AUGCAAUAUCAGAUUCAAUAAAUUCGUUAACAUUUCAGCUCCAUUGAUCACAAAUUCCAUCCUGUCCCAGCAUUUGUUGUCACAAGACCUUUGUUUUCUUGUCGAUCCCUAUCUCCUUCCUUCUAUAAAUUACGCUCCAAGACUCCAAUAAGUCCAUUAUCCUACUCUUUAGUGAAAAUUAAUCCUACACCAAUAAGAGAAAAUAAGUUUACUUUCAGAGGCACAGAUUGCACUCCAAGCAGGGAAACUCCAAUCAAAAAACAAAAUGAGAUAAAAUUAACCAAAGUGAAUUAGACUCAUGAAAAAAUAAUGAGUGAAUCAUAAGAACGGUUCUAUCAACAGAAAAGACAAUCUAACAUAAAUAGUAAAAGUACAAAAAAGAUAUCUCAUUAAAAUUAAUCACCUAUACAAUUUAAAAUGUUUGACAUGCUAAAAGUAUAGAAAUAAGAAUAAUAACUAUUUACUUAAGAAAACUCUAAACCAUAUUAGGAAUCCAAAAACUAAUUAGAAUAUAUAGGUUAAAGUGAUUAAUUUCAAUAGUGUUAUGAAUAACCAAUAUCUAAUGAAGUUUUUAAUAUAUAUCAUAAGAAACAAGAUCAUAUUUAAUAAAAAAUAUUAGGUAAUCAAGAUAAUAAUGAUAUUGAAUAAGUAAUCAAGGAAUUGCCUGAAACAUCAAAUCCAGAAGAAACAUAAUCAUAAUAAUAAUCGAGAUUAAAAAUAUGGGCAUGUAACCCAAAUGAUUCCUAAAGUAAAAUCAUUGGUAGAAAAAGCAAUCAUAAAAGGAGUUCUAAGAAAAGUCCUUACAAAACUCCAAAAUCACCAAAAAAAUAACAUAUUAUUUAUUACAACCAGAUCUUUUUAUAUAAGCCUAGAGAGAAUAAUAAAUAAAAUAGCUCAAAACUAUCUUUCAAUUCUUCUUACAAGUAAAAUAGUCCUAGAAAACAAAGCAAAUAAAUUUCUUAUAUUCUCACUACUCCAAGUAAGAGAAAUACAAGAGCACCUUAAUAAUCAAAUGAGGAUGAUGAAAUUGAAAUCAUAAAUUUAGCUCCUGAAUUUUCUAAAUUAAUUUGA